UUUCUUCGCCGCCGACUCCGAGGCCGGUGCUGCUGGUGCUGCUGACGGAGCCGGCCCCGCUCGUCUUCUUCGUUCCCCGGAGGAGCCUCGCCAUGGUGUCCUGGAUCAUCUCCCGGCUGGUGGUGCUGUUUUUUGGCACCUUGUAUCCUGCAUAUUCCUCUUACAAAGCUGUGAAGACGAAAAAUGUGAAGGAAUACGUCAAAUGGAUGAUGUACUGGAUUGUGUUUGCCUUCUUCACCACAGCAGAGACGCUCACAGACAUUAUUCUUUCUUGGUUUCCUUUCUAUUUCGAGUUGAAAAUCGCAUUUGUGAUCUGGCUGCUCUCUCCUUAUACCAAGGGCUCCAGCGUUCUCUACAGGAAGUUUGUUCACCCAACGCUCUCCAAUAAGGAGAAGGAAAUUGACGAAUAUAUCAGCCAGGCCCGUGACAAGAGUUAUGAAACUAUGAUGCGAGUUGGAAAGCGAGGAUUAAAUUUGGCAGCAAAUGCAGCAGUUACUGCAGCAGCGAAGGGCCAGGGAGUUUUGUCUGAAAAACUACGGAGCUUCAGUAUGCAGGACUUGACUUUGAUACGGGAUGAUGACACUGUGCAUUUGCGGAGCCCUGAGUCACACAUGCGUACCUCUACCACAGGCCUUCUUGAAACUGUUGACGAUUCAGGUGCAUCCUGCUACUCUUCAUCAGAGGAGAUGGUAGUGUCUCAGAGACAUAAUGGAGCCCAGUCUGAUGCCAGAACAGAUCCAUCAGAUGAUGAUACAGGAGACAAAGUUCCCAAAAGAACACAGAGCCUUAAAGCUCCUAAGAAAGUAACGAAGGCUGAGCCACCACAAAAGACUGUGAAAGCUCGUCCCAAGAAGAAAAUUACAGGAUCUAGUACUCCUGGUGAAUCAGCCUAAGAACAUCCCAGCCUGUCUGUCCCAAGGCUCUUCUGUCACUUUAAGGGGCACUCACCAAGGAAAUGGAGCUGAGACCAUAGUGUCACAACAGUCGAAAGGCUGCAGUCUGGGACCAAAGUAUUGGGAUCAAAUGUGUAGUGAGAUUACAAAGAAGAAGAAAAGUUUACAGCAGCUCUGACUGUGAAAUCAAUCUUUCCUGGAAACACUCUUGACCACAGAGAUGAACUUUGAUGUUAGAACUUUUAGUCUCUGAGGAUGACAUAUAUUUCAACAAGUGUUUGUAGCAAAGUCCAGUAUUAAAGCUGCUACUGUUCUGUUUGCAAUGACAAAUUGGAAUCAGAAAUAAUAUGGAAUGUAGAAAAAACAUGGCUUCUGUUUCUUCAAUACUGAAUCAUCCCCCAGCCUUAGAAGGACUGAUCAUAUAGCUUGCCUACUUCCUUCCACCAAUUGCUAUAUUGCUUCUGUUGUCUGUUUGUUUGUUUUUUUAAAGAAUGUCUGUCUUUCUAGAAACAACUUUCUUAAACUGGAAAUAUGCCAAAGACAAAUCUGUUGAAAACAACUUAUAUUGAUCUAGGAAGAGGCUGCUUUUUUACACUAAAAGUAUGGCUAGUUCAAACCAUCUCCCCUCUCCAUUAUUCCCCACAAGAAUUAGAAGUGCAGCAAGGGAAGAGCAAGGAUGAGAAUCUGAUGGCUUUGCUCCGUCCCCUCCUCACCUGUCUUUUCCAGCAUUCCACACAGCACAGGAUAAAUGUCUGCAAUAGACUGUGCUAAUACAGGUAUAUAUGAGUACUAGAUGGAUUCCUGAGCAUGACUUGUUUAACAGAAAAUUUGGUACCAAAGGCAGAAAUAACAUGGAACAAACAAGGAUAGUUUCCUACACCACAAAAAAGAAGCAGAGAAUUAAAACCUUUCAGCAAACAUUUUAAUUCAAAACUAAAAAUAUGUAUAACUCGGUCAGGUAAGCCUUGCAUAAAUUAACAAAACCAUUUUGAUCCUUUUAGAGAUUACCUGAAAGCUUUCAAAUUGCAUCCAGGAAUGACUUUCAUUCACCAAUUCCAACUUCUCUAUAAUAUCUAUUUUUUUGUUCAGAUUUAUAGAUUUUUUUUUAACAUGUUGGGGGGUAGCUGGUGGGGCAGGCUAAAUCUCUUUCCACUUUUUUCUGUUCACUCAUGCUCAAAGGAUUCUGAAGGCAGCUUCUAUUUACCUUGCCUCAUGUAGGUGGGUGUACACAGCUGCAAUAGGAUUGGCUGGCAUAGAAUCCUGUUCUUUCCCAGCUGUAGCUUUGUUUACUGCAGACGCACUGUUGCAACCAGCACCCAAAGUCUGCCCUCCUUCACCAUCUUCCUGCUGCUGCUGAUGCUAAAAACAUUCAGCUAGAUAGGGAAUGAGGAAGAAAAUAGGUCUGGACUGGCAUACAAAGACUGUUAAAAGGUGCUUGUUUGUCAAGAGGGUUUGUUAACUGGGGUAUGCAUGUAUAAUAUAGGUUCUUCAAUGCAGGGAGGACCAGAGCAUACACAAGUAAAGCAGGCUCUGUACUAUAGAAAUUAUCUCUGCAAUGCUGCAGGGACGCUGGAUUGAGUAGGACCAACGGAGUCAUCCCUGCUAUUCCCUUGACAUGAUUCUAAUUACUGUGACCUGUGUGGAGAUGAAAUUUUAAACAGGAUUCAACUCAUUUCUAUAGCUUUCAAGAUUUCCGGCAGCAGCUCUCUUCCAACAUUGCCUCUGUGGGGAAAUGUACCUUUUCAAAUUCUAUAGAUCCCAGGCUGAUAAAGGAACACUGAGUUGAUAGCA